ACAGUACAAAGUUGACCUUACAUUGUAGUAAUAAUAUUAAAUGAUUUUCAAAUGAUAAAAAAAAAAGCGAGGAUCCAGAGGGGAGUUGUCACUAUUAUCAAGAAAACAACUUAAGGGUAUAUAUAUAAACCUAACACCCGAAGCUUUAACAUAGAUCCAGCAAAAUACUCGAACAACAAAACAAAAGUUAAAAAGACAUGAAACAAAAACGUUACUUGGUCGUCGUCUUCUUUGUCCUUUUCAGCUUUCUCCUGUUUGUGAAUCUGAGUGAAGGAAGAUCAGGAGGAGUUGCAGAAGAAUAUUGGAAGAAGAUGAUGAAGGAUGAGCCAUUACCUGAACCAAUCAAAGAUCUUCUUAACAAUCCAUUUAGGACAGGACAAGAGAGGUUCGUCAAAGAUUUCAACACCAAGUCUAUCGUCAUCAUCUACCACAAUCCUAAUGUAUAAUCAAUUAAAAUCAUAUAAUUUGGCUCUGCGUUUAUGUAUGCAUCAGUUUACACAUGCACCAUAUAAGUGUGUAUUAAUUAAGCAAAUAACACAUGCUUGAGUUGUUGUAGACUUAUACAGUUAUACUUACUAUAGUUUAUAGUGAAGAAAUGUUAACCCUAUGCUUCACACGUUGUUUGUUUGAUAUAUCAAAAACCAAUCUACUGUGUGUAUUUUUUCUCUCUUUUUCCUAUAUUUUGUGAAGUUUGUGUAAUUAAUAUUCUUCUAACAUUGAAGUUUAUUUAAUUCUAUAGUAAGAGUAAUCUCAAAACAACAUCUCGAGGGAUUUUGUUUUUCCUUUUCUUGAAACAUAAAAGAAUAUUAUAUUCAAUUUAAGAUUUGUAAUGUUUUGAUACAAUUGUGAUAUCGUGAUAUGGUGUCCAGAGUCAAGAUCAAUCAAAAUAAGUCAUCCUUAAGGUUACAAAGUAAAAAAAAAACAAUUGUAUAUUUCAUAAAUGUUAAUAACGUGGACACCACCAACGGUUAGUGAUAUCGUGUCAAGAGACAAAAUCAAUCAAAAUAAGUCAUCCUUAAAGUUACAAAGUAAAAAAAAAAAAAAACAAUUGUGUAUUUCAUAAAUGUUAAUAACGUGGACACCACCAACGGUAAACAAUGUUCAAAAGAAAAAAAACGUUGAAUGUAGAAAAAAGAGAGAUCCACAAUAUACGACCACAAACACUGACCAGUCCAAUUCAGUUUUUUCACUUUUUAUUUAUUGUAAUUUACCGCAGAACAACAAAUUUACAAUAUGGUAAAAAUCCUCAACGAUAAACUGGUGGCAGGGCUGUUACUUGGUUGGGUGCCAAUGGGUGUGGUCCACUGUGUUGGACGGGUAAUGGGUAAGCCCAAAUAUUUCAUGGUCUAGUUGAGCUAAACAUCAAGUUUGCCCAUGGACAAGUUGGGUCAAUCGUUUUGGACACUAGGCUAACCGGUGAAAUAAAAAAAUUUAGGUUUUCUAAUAUUGGAGAAAAAUCGAUUGAAUCGAUAGGUCUCUGCUUUUCGAUUCAUCUGCGAUUUUGCGAUAAAAAUCAAUCUCUACAUCUCGAUUCGUCUUCUCCGGCCUUGAUUAUCUUAAUCUGAACCAAAUUUCUCUAUUCUCUACAUUUUCUUUACGUCUAACUUCUUCUUCUCGGUAUAUGCAUUUCAGGCAUGCUUCAUGAUUCGAUCUCGGUUUAACUUGUCAUCCAUCUCGUUAUGUGUUGUGGGUUUCGCUUCGAUCUUAUUCUCGAGUUUUAGCUUCGAUCCAUCUCGGUUUAUCUCGAGUUUAGCUUCGUUCUAAUCUAGACUUUUAAUGAAUCUCGUUUAACUUUUGUUUUGUGAAUCUGUGAUGAAUCUCGUUUUUACUCUUGCUCUGAUGAUGAUGAAGAAUCGUUUAGAUUAUAAAAUUCAUAUAUAUCGUUUUGUUUUGGAUUCAAAAACACGAGGAGUUGUAUGAAAAUUGAAGCUCAAGUUAUCUCUUCGAUAUAGCCGUUAUCUCUGCAAGAUUCUUGUAUUAUAUGUGUAUCUCCUCGGUAAGUUUCGAACCACUCCUUUGUAUGAUGAUGAAUCUUUAACAUUCUAACUGAGUAGUAUCGAUGAGUAGCAAUGCUAUGAGCCUAUGAUAACUGAUUAUUGAUGAAUCUCUAGAAUCUC